AUGUCCCGGUGCUGGGUGCCCGGUGCACAGCGCUGGGUUCCCGGUGUCGGGUUCCCGUUGUCCCGGUGCCCGGUGCGUGGCCCUGCCGAGGCCGCCCCGAGCCCGCCCUUCCCGGUGCAGCGACCUGCGACAAAGCUGGGACCGACCCGGCCGUCCCGGCCCUGCUCCGGGGAGCCCCGCCGAGCCCGGCCCGUACACCGGGACCCACCAGCGCCCUCCGGCCGCCGCACCGGCCGCUCCCGCCGCACCGGACCCCCCCGGGGGCCGCACCGCUCCCGCCGCCCGGGGGCCCAGCCUGGUGUCGCCCCCCGCCCUAAUCCCAGUUCCAGUUCCCAGUCCCGAUCGCGGUCCCGGUGCCGAUCCCCGCCGCCGCCCCGAUCCACCCCCCCCCAGCCCCUCCCGCCGCUCCCGGUGCGCCCGGGCGGCCCCGCUCACCUCCGCCUCCGGCGCCGCCGGCCGCGGGGCCCCGCGCCCCGCCACGGCCCCGCCGCCGCCGCCCGCUCCUACACGGCGGCCGCGCCGCGUUCCCGCCGCCCCAUCUCGCGCCCAGGCCGGGCCCCCGGUGGCGGCGGCGAGCCCCCCAUUUCCUCACAUCCUCACGCCCACCCUGGCACGGGGGCCCCCUAUUCCCGGUAA